AAAUUAUAAAGCAUGCAAGGCCUUAUCGUAUUCUCCCUUUUGUCUCUUUCUCCAGUGGGAAGUUAAUAUGAGAAAGUGAUCAUAUCAGAGUACUUGUAAUGGAGAGUUGAGGUUUGAAUUAUUAUUGUUCAGGGAAGAAGAGAGUGAAUGAGUUGAUGAUGAUGAUGAUGAAGGGAGAAGCUUCGCAGUCUAAGAAAAAUAAGAAUAAGAAAUCAUCUGCUGCAGAUCGUUUGACUGACACUAUCUUUUCUUGGUCUCUUCAAGAUGUUUUCAAUGAAAAUCUUUUCAUCAACAAGAUUGGAAAGAUUCCGGACUCAUUUCUUUCAGUUGAGCAUUAUUUGGGGUCUUAUAUCAACCCUUUAUUGGAAGAAACUCGAGCUGAAUUGCACUCAAGCAUGGAAAUCCUAUAUGGAGCGCCUUUUGCUGACGUAAUCGCUUUCGAAGAAGCUAAACCACAUGGGAAAAAAAACUAUAAAUUUCGAGUUAAUGAUUGGAGAAACAAACACAGUAAAGGUGGCAAGGAGCCUUACAAAACUUUGCCUGGAGAUAUUUUUGUUUUGGCAAAUGGUAAACCUGAAACUGUUGGUGAUCUCCAAAGGGUAGGCAGGUCUUGGGCUUUUCUAUCACUCACUAAACUCAAUGGAAAUGGUGGUACUACAUUCACAGUUAAGGCAUCAAAAGAGAUUAAACAUGACUUUCAAAAGGCGCAGACAUCGCUGUGCAUCGUUUUCUUGGCAAAUUUUAUCCCUAUCAGAAGGAUAUGGGAAGCAUUGCAUAUGUCAUGCAAUGUGGAGUUUCUGAAUAAAGCUCUAUGCAUUGAUUCUGAGGCUAAGAGAUGGUGUGAUGGCUGUUUCAAAAUAAAUAAUGGAAUAUGGGAUGAAAAAUUGGUGAGGAACUUAUCUUCUGAACUGAAUGAAUCUCAGACCAAAGCUGUUCUUUCAUGUCUUCAUAUGAUGGACUGCAAGAGAAAAUCUUCUUUGGAACUUAUAUGGGGUCCCCCAGGAACAGGGAAAACUAAAACUACGAGUACUCUUCUUGUCACCCUGUUGAGAAUGAACUAUAAAACUCUUGUUUGUGCUCCAACGAAUGUUGCAAUUACUGGAGUGGCUUCUCGUGUUCUGAAGAUGGUGUUAGGUACACAUGGUGAUGAUUUGUUCUGUUCAUUGGGGAAUAUUCUUCUUUUUGGCACUAAGGAGAGACUCAACGUUGGUGAAGAUCUUGAAGACAUAUAUCUAGAUGCUCGAGUUGAAAAGCUUGAAAAGUGCUUCAGAUCAUAUGGUUGGAGACAUAGCUUGAGUUCCAUGAUAGAUCUUCUUGAAAAUUCUGUUUCUAAGUACAAUGACAUGUUGGAAAUUGAUUCAACCAAAGAGAAAGAAGAAAGCAGUAUAAGUAUAAAUGAAGAGAAGAGAAACAGAAACAGAAACAGAAACAAAAAUGAUUGCAAAGUUGGCAAGAAAAAAUUUCCAACAUUUCUUGAGUAUGUGAGAGAGAAAUUUAACAUGACUUUCUCAGAACUUAGAGAAUACUUCUCUAUCAUCUGUACACAUACAACAAAAAGUUACAUUUCUGGAAAAAUAUUUCAAGAUAUGGUAUCCCUUAUUGGCUCACUUGCUUCUUUCCAAUCAUUGCUGUGCAACAAGAGUGUGGUUUCUGAAGUACUGGAAAAGCUAUUUUCUUGUGCCGAAGUAAAUGAAUAUCUUUCUUGUUCAUUUGUAGAUGAUACAUCCUUGGGGAUCAAUUUGAGGAGAAAGAAAUGUGUUUCAAGUAUGAGAUCCCUUCGUGAUUCCCUUAACAGACUCGACUUUUCUUGGAUUAAGAGCCAAGAAACAAUAGAGAAAUUCUGUUGGGAAAGUGCUUCAGUAAUUCUUUGUACUGUAUCGAGUUCUUAUAAGCUGCAUAGAUUGAAGAUUAAGCCAACCAUUUUGAUUAUUGAUGAAGCUGCACAACUGAAAGAGUGUGAAUCAACCAUACCUCUUCAACUUCCAGGUGUACAGCAUGCUAUUUUUGUUGGUGAUGAGUGGCAAUUACCAGCAACUGUCAAAAGCAAAGUUUCCGAGAAAGCUGGCUUCGGAAGAAGUUUGUUUGAAAGGCUGAGCUCACAAAAUCAUCCGAAGCAUCUCCUUAAUGUGCAAUACAGGAUGCAUCCAUCAAUAAGCAUUUUCCCAAAUUCACAAUUCUAUCAUAACCAGAUAUUGGAUGCUGCUAUCGUUAAAAUGAAAAGCUAUAAAAGAAAAUAUCUUCCAGGUCCAAUGUUUGGUCCAUAUUCCUUUAUUAAUAUAAUUGGUGGAAUAGAGCAAAAAGAUGGAGAUGGACGCAGUCGAAAAAAUAUGGUUGAGGUAGCUGUUAUCAUGAGAAUACUGCAGAAGUUAUACAAAGCCUGGGUUAAGUCAAAAUGUGAGCUUAGUGUUGGUAUUGUGUCUCCAUAUGCUGCCCAAGUGGUUGCAAUUCAAGACCAACUUUGGAAUAAGUACAAUGAAAGGGAUGGCUUCCAAGUAAAGGUAAAGACAGUUGAUGGCUUCCAGGGUGGGGAAGAGGACAUAAUAAUAAUGUCCACGGUACGUUGCAGUGGUUGGCAUUCUCUGGAUUUCAUAUCCAAACCACAAAGAACUAAUGUUGCUCUAACAAGGGCUAGGCACUGUCUCUGGAUUUUGGGUGAGGAAAGAACUCUAGUCAAUAGUCAAACUGUUUGGACUUCUAUUGUCACUGAUGCAAAAAAUAGAAAAUGCUUCUCUAAUGCCGACAGUGAUGAGGAUUUGGCCAAGGCUAUAACAGAGGUCAAGAAAGAGUCUGGUCAAUUUGAUGAUAUGAUCGAUAAAGAUAGUAUACUUUUCAAGCGUUCUAAGUGGAAGGUUUUUUUCAGUGAAAACUUUCUAAUGUCAUUCAACAAACUUGAAGUAGUUGAAGCAAAGAGACCAGUAAUUAAACUUUUACUUAAGCUUUCUGAUGGCUGGAGACCAAGGGGGCCUAGUGUAGUGUCUAGUGUGUCACUAUGUGAAAACUCUUUGCAAAUUAUGAGUUUCAAGGUUGAAGGCCUUUGUAUCCUCAGCACAGUUGACAUAGUAAAAGAGUAUUCGGGUUACAAACAAGUUUUGAAGAUUUGGGAUUUGUUGCCCCAUGAGGAAAUUCCAAGAUUGAAAAACAAGCUCGACAUUAUUUUUGAGAAGUACACUGAGGAAUUUAUCAACAAUUGCAAUGAAAAGUGCUUCGAAGGAAAAUUGGAAAUACCAAAGAGCUGGCCGCUCUCUUCAAACAUUGUCUGUUUUGAGGAUCUUUCCCUGCACCAAGUUGGGAAUGACUAUAGAAGUUAUUUUCAAAAUUCAAGGAUUAAUGAGAGUCCAUUGCCGAUGAAAUUCUACUCCCUAUCAAAUUGUGUAGUGAAUCACAUGCUAUCUGACCGUGAUGGUAGAGAAUUGGAUCUCCCUUUCGAAGUACCAGACCAAGAAAGAGAGAUCAUCCUUUUCAAUAAAAGUACUUUCGUAUUGGGACGGUCAGGUACUGGGAAAACUACUGUCUUAUCCACGAAGUUGUUCCAAAAAGAAUAUAUGCACCGCCUAACAAUGGAAGGACUUUAUGGAGCCAAGAGCAAUGGGAGUGGAAAUGUCAAUAAAAAAAAUGUCGUCACAAGAAACUCAGGAAAGACUACGGGAAAUGUUUUACGACAACUUUUUGUGACAGCAUCUCCUAAGCUUUGCGAUACUGUCAAGCACAGCAUUUCAUUCUUGAGAAGUGGUAGUCAUUCAGCUGAAAGCGGUAUGAUAGACAAAGAUAAUAUUGAUAAUGAAGAUUCAGAAUUCAAGAACAUCCCAGACUCCUUUCAUGACAUCCCCCUUAAUUCAUACCCUCUUGUCAUAACAUUCCAUAAGUUCUUGAUGAUGCUUGACGGAACACUGAGUAAAUCUUAUUUCCAAAGAUUUCUUGAUAUGGAUGAAGAUUCUCAAAGUCAAAUACCCAGUUCAAGAUCACAUACAUUUCAUUCCUUCUUCAGGAGCAAGGAAGUCAAUUAUGAAAGAUUUUGUUCACAGUAUUGGCCUUGUUUUGAUUCCCAAUUCACGAAAAAGCUUGAUCCUUCCUGUGUCUUUACUCAGAUAGUUUCUCACAUCAAAGGCAGCCUACAAGCCUUGGAAACAAAUGAUGGUAAACUCACAAGGAAGAAUUAUGUUAUGCUGUCAAAGGAAUGCGGCUCUACUUUAAGGAGGAAGAAAAGAGAGAUGAUAUAUGACAUAUUUCAGACUUAUGAAAAACUGAAGUUGGAAAAUGGUGAAUUUGAUUUGGCUGACUUUGUAAGUGAUCUUCAUUUUCGACUUAGACAAGAAGGAUAUGGCAGUGACAAAAUGGAUUUUGUAUAUAUUGAUGAGGUGCAAGACCUUACAAUGAGUCAAAUUGCUUUGUUUAAACAUGUAAGCAGUAACUUGGAAGAGGGUUUUGUUUUUUCUGGAGAUGUUGUAAAACCAACUAUUGGGGGCAUUGAUUGCAGGAUUCAAGACAUACGAUGUGUUUUUGAUAAGAAGUUUGCUCUGAAACCCAUGAUGAACAAGAAUGGAAAAGGGGGACACAUCACUCACAUGUUCUGUUUGACUCAAAACUUUCGUAGCCAUGCUGAUAUUCUAAAACUAUCCGGGAGUAUUAUUGAACUGUUGUAUCAUUUCUUCCCUCAAUCUAUUGAUAUUAUUGAACCUGAAACUCAUAUGGUCCCUGGUGAAGCUCCAAUUUUACUUCAAGCUGAGAAGAAUGAAAAUGCAAUCAUAAAACUUUUUGGGAAAGGUGACAACUUAAGCAAAAAUGCCAUUGGUUUUGGUGCGGAGCAGGUAAUUUUGGUCAGAGAUGAAACGACUCGACAAAGUAUAAAGGACAUUGUUGGAAAGAAAGCUCUUAUCGUAACCAUACUUGAGUGCAAGGACUUGGAGUUUCAGGAUGUAUUGUUGUACAACUUUUUUGGAUCUUCACCACUGAGAAAUCAAUGGAGGCUUAUAUAUAAAUACAUGAAUGAGCAAGAUAUGUUGGACUCCACGUCACCGCAUUUUCCUCUUUUCAACGAGUGCAAGCAUAGGAUUUUGUUGGCUGAGCUAAAGAAACUAUAUGUUGCCAUUGCAUGUACAAAGAAGAGGUUGUGGAUUUGUGAUGACACUGAAUUCUCCAAACCUAUGUUUGACUAUUGGAUGAAGGGGUGUCUUGUGCAAGUUCAAAAACUGGACGAUUCACUUGCUCUGUCAAUGCAAGUCUCAAGCAGUCCACAAGAGUGGAAAUCGAGGGGUGUCAAGCUAUAUUAUGUGCACAACUAUGAAAUGGCCACAGUUUGCUUUGAAAAGGCUCAUGACACACUUUGGGAAACGAAGUCUAAAGUUGCUGGCCUUCAAGCUAUGGCUGACAGAAUGCGUACUUCCAAUCCUGAAGCAGCUAAUGUAUUCAAAACUAUGGGAAAGUUUGAUUCUGCAGCAAGUUGUUAUAGAAAUUCGGGAGACUACGAACAAGCAGGUAGGAUUUAUCUGGACAAAUUUGGUGAGUCCGGGCUACAGAGAGCUGGGGAGUGCUUCUUCCUGGCAGGUCAUUAUGAACAAUCUGCUAAUGCCUAUGCCAGAGACAAUUUGUUCUCAGAGUGUCUGAAUGUAUGUGCCAAAGGACUCUUAUUUGACAAGGGUUUGGCAUACAUACAAUCCUGGAAACAGCAAGCUAAACAAAACUCUGAUGUGACUAGCAGAGGCACAGAAAUAGAAAAAAUUGGUCAGGAAUUCUUGGAGAGCUGUGCUCUACAUUAUUAUAAGCUUGAAAACAAAAAUUCUAUGAUGAGAAUUGUUGAAGCUUUUGAUUCCAUGAAUUCAAUCCGUAAGUUUUUGCGGUCGUUGGGCUGUUUUGAUGAGCUCAUGUCAUUGGAAGAAAAAUCAGGAAAUUUUGUGGAAGCUGCAGAAAUUGCAAAGCUAAGAGGAGAUAUACUAGUUGUGAUAGAUCUUCUUGAGAAGGCUGGGAAAUUUAAAGAAGCAGCAACACUUGUUCUUUCCUAUGUUCUUGCCAACUCACUCUGGUCAUCUGGUAAAAAAGGCUGGCCCUUACAGUUGUUUAAACAAAAGGAUAAUCUUUUAACAAAAGCCAAGUCAUUUGCCAAGAACGAGAGCCAAGAAUUCUAUGAUUUUGUUUGCACAGAAGCUGAUAUUAUGACAAAUAAGAAGUGUGACCUGACAAUGAGCAAAAAUCAAAUGAUUGCUUCUCAGAGACAUAAGAGUGUUAGAGGGGAAAUCCUAUCUGUUCGGAGAGUUCUUGAAGCUCAUCUUGAUUCAAAGCUCACAAACUAUUUCUGGGAAGAAUACUUAGGGCAUGAUCAUCUGAUGCAUUCAGAAGAAAUGACUUCUGAAAUUCAUGUUUCAGUUGAGUCACUAGUCUAUUUCUGGAAUAUUUGGAAGGAUAAAAUUCUUAGAAUUUUUGAAUAUCUUGGACAUCUACAAACUCGGGAUGUCGAUGAAUUCACGAGUUAUGAAGAGUUCUGUUUGGACUAUUUAGGUGUUUUGAGGCUGUCUCACAAUUUGGGCACAAACUAUGUCUUGCUCCACCCUGAUGCUGAUUGGGCUAAAAAUGUGGAGCAAAUAUAUGUUGGGAGUAAUGGAAAGUUAUUACUUUCUACUGAUGUUGGCGAAUUUGUAUCUGCUGCUCAAAUUUAUUGGUCUUCCGAAGUACUCACUGCUGGUUUCAAGGUUCUGCACAAGCUAGAAGCCAUCUGUAGUACCUUUGUGACUGAUAAAUCUGAUUCUCUUUCAAGGAAAUGCAGGACUCUUACUCUUAUCUAUGAGGUUGCACAAUUUCUUUUAGAGUCCCAAAACCUGAAGAGAACAUGUCAAAAUUCAGAUGAUCUCAAGAAGUUGAUAAGACUAUCAACUGAUUUUUCAGGAAACAUAUUCCCUUUAGAUUGCCAGAAAUCAUUGGUAGAGGACCUUGUUUUUUUCAGAGGAACAGACUUUUGUAAUAAUUUUCUGAGACAAGUGAUUGUUGAGCAAUGCAACUCGAGUAAUAAUCUGUCUUACAGGCAAAUUGGAACUGUAGCCGUGUUUGUACUCGGGUCUAGUAAGCUCAAUGAUGAACUAUUUGAGAAGAUUAUUAAAAGGAUGGAUCAGAACCUUUCAUGGAAGGCAUUCUUUGAGCUUCUGCAUAGGUCUAGAGGAUCAUACUUUUCAAACUCAUCUCUUAUUUGUAGGUUUCAUGGAGUUUUGGUAGAUGCGUACAAUGCAAAUCGCAGGGGAGAAUGUGACCCCAUAUCUCCUGGUUUUUUCUUGUAUCUUGUUGAGCGCCUUGUGAUUUGGUCAUCUUCAUAUAAGGGCUACUUCUAUACAACAAAGUCAGCAUUUGUUGAAUGGCUCAUCUAUGAAGAGAUUCAUCCCCAGGCCAAGUCAAGUUCCAAUACCUCAGUUGGCUUUCAACUCUCUCUUCUAGAACUACUUCAAUUUGUGAUCCAUGUUAUCAAGGAAUGCCUCUACAACGAGCAGUACAUGAUUGAUUGGAUCAACACAUCUCCCUCAAGAGAUGGAAAGUCCUAUUCAUUACUUGUGUCUAGGAUGGUUUUCAUAAUUUGUUUGCUUCAUGCAAAUUUCGGGAUGUGUUCAGAUUUACUCUUUGAUGUGCUGGCAAGGACUAGAAUCACCAAACACUUGCCAUCAAAAUUUUGUGAUACCCUCAAGUCACAUUUUCUUAAUUUAAAUCUGAAUGUGCUUGCUAAAGCAUUUAAGCAGAUUGACAAUUCUCUGGUCGUUGCAAGUUUUGGGACAUAUUUCUCAAAUCCUUUGUUUCCGGAUGCUAUGCUUGUGGAUUUGGGGGCCAAUUGUUGCAAGAAUGACAUAAUAAGAAUAUUGUUUCCGAAAAGAUUUGAAGCUUCAACAGGUUUAAGUCAAGCUUCUGCAAUGGAAGCCUGUGAUUCUAGCAGAGGAAUAGUUUCUACAAGCGGUUCCACAGCAGGGACGAGUUCUGAGCUUAAUUUGGUGAGAGAGCAGAACAGCAGCAUUCUGAACAAAGACGAGACAAAUCCACCAAUGAAUUUGUGCUUCUGGGAAAUAUUUGAAGCCAUUAACUCUGAAAGAAAUGGAAGAGAGCAUGGGAAGCUUACAUCAAAUGCUCAAACAAUUAAGGUGGAUUUGGAAAAAUACAUAGGCCUAUUAACUGCAGCAGUGACUGGAAGUCUUGAGAAACCUCUUGGCCGCGAGGAAAAGAUCUCGUCUAGCGAAAUGGUGGACAUGUUGUAUGAACUGAAGCAACUUUCUGCUGCACUGGAUGCUAGGGAGAUAUUUCUAGUGAAAGAACUUUCUAAGAGGCUGCAAUCAAGAAAACCAAGAAUGGAGGGCAUCUUGAAUCAGUUUUUUCACAAACACACCACAGAUUCUGGCGAUACAACUUUACAGGCUACUGUCAAAACCAGCAACCAGUGUGAUGAUGAUGAAAAAACCACACCUGAGAAAAUUAGCAAAUCGGACAAGGGUGAGUCAAAGGUUUCUGAAGUCAGUAAUGUGUCAACAGUUUCUGAAGCUAGAACAAAUUCAGAGGUUUCUGAACCUGAUACGGUUAAGGAAAACAAAGGAAAAGUUGCAGAAACCAAACCAAAAAAAAAGGAAGGUUGUCACAUUCUCUGAUGCAUGAUACAUGAUACAUGUUGAGUAUAUAUACGAACUCUGUAAUAGUAUCUUUGUUUUAAAAAAACAAAAUGGGAAACAAAUUGUGUGGACAGGUUUCCCUUUUGAAGAGAGUUUGAGGGUCUUGCUGAUCUUUUUGAAUCUCAGCUGAAGCUAACUUGGAAUUCGGAAUCCAAGUGGUAGAACGUACUUAAAGAAUAGAUAUUAGUAGCUUUUGUGUGUACUCAUUUUCCUAGACUGGUUGUAUAUAGCGUUUCACUUCAAAAUUCAUGUCGAAUCCUUGAGACCAUCAACUGUGUGUUCCUCAAUACAAUCGAUGCUUUAAGGACUCU